AUGGAGAAAGAUGUCGAGGUGCAUGAAAGGGCUCACACAAGUAAGUCAAUGGAGAAUGAGUUCCAGUCCCUCCCUAACACCUCAGAAGUGGAAUUCUGCACAGUGACUGGAGAAGAACUUAUUACCAACUACGACAUACUAGUACAGCUCUUUAAGCAGGAGCGCUUCCAUGCCAUGGAGAUGUGGCAGAAAGCUACACAAGAGGCUAAACAAUACCAGGAGCUCUUCCACAAAGCUUUCAAUGAUAGGCAGCUGGCAGAUGCCAUGACACAGAAGCUCAAGAAUCAACUCCAUCAAUUCACACAGCAGUCCCACAAACUCAAAGUUAUCAAUCAGGAAAUGCAAUUGACCAUCAAGCAUCUCCAAAAGACUGAGAAAGAGCAGAUUGAAGAAAUAGAGGAUCUACACCAUCAACUUAAAAAGAAUAAUUAUGAUUUAAGAGCUGCUCCAGACAAAAUGGAUGAAAUGACUGAACAACGGCAAUGUUUUGAGCAGCCGCUAAAAACAAAGAAAGAGUUAUGGAACCUAAUCCGCGGGUAUAUGCAGGUAGCUGAGGCUUUGGUGGUCCAGAAACAUCAUAAUGAAUUCAACGUUUCCCUUAGACAUUUAAGGGAGAACUCAGUGGAUAUGGAGAAUAAAGAUAAGGCUGUUCAACAGUUAAUUCAGGAAGCUGCUGUCCGUGCCAGGAAAGAGGUAGAUAAUGUGCGAGAGCAGUGCAACGUUCAAAUCCAUCGUAUAGUAGAGGAGCUAUCCCAUUUGCAAAUGGAGUGCUCAAUCAAAGAGUCCCAGAUUGAGAGGUGCAACAGUGAGAAAAAAGCUCUCGAGAGGGAAUUAGAUAGGGUGACAAAGUCCCGUGUAGCGCAAGACCUUGAAAAGUUCAAGGCCCUUCACCAGAGGUGUCUACAUGCAGAGAGGAUAAGGGAUGACAUGAGCGUCACUCUGAAAAGCACUGAAAGCAAAUUGAAGAAGUGUGAAAUAGACAGCAAUGAGGAACUGUCAUACAGCCGGGAAGAAAUACAACGUCUGCAGAGCAGUUUAGCCACAGCCUGGAAGGACUGUGACCAGAUCAGUGAGGACCGAUUCAAACUACAGCAGGAGAACCAACAGCUCCACAGGCAGAUGAACGAACUGAGCAAAAGUACCUUGUUAGUCCAAAAUAAGGCCAAAAAUCAAAUAUUGCGGAUGGAGCAAGAGUACAAAUUCAAAGAGAAUACAAAUCACGCACAAAUGAUAGUUUUGGAGGAGAGGCGUCGUAACCUAAAUUCUGACCGGCUCAACUUCCUGACAGCACAGCAAAAAAAUAUCAAACGCUCCAAGGAUGAAGCAACAAACUUGACAAAGGCCUUUGAAGCCAGGUUUCAACAGCUCAUGACAGAGAUGAAUCACCACAAACGGCGAUUAUACGAGAUGGAACUACAGCUCAGAAAUAACCAAGACACUAUGACUGAGUAUAUGAGCCAGCUAGAAGAGUCUGAAAAGAAGUCAGUCGGCCUCCAGAAACGAUUGACCGACGCUGAGCAAAGGGUUACUAAUGCUACCCAUCAGGAGGAAUCCGAAAGCGGAAUAGAGUGGGUAGCUAAAUCGACAGUGGAAGAGACGUCGCUGAGUCAGUCUUUGGAGGCUACCCCAAACAGCUGA